AUGGCUGCUCAGAAUGACCUCUGCGAUGCCAUUGUGAUCGGGGCGGGCAUCCAGGGCUGCUUCACUGCAUACCACCUGGCCAAGCACGGGAAGCGCGUUCUCCUGCUGGAGCAGUUCUUUCUACCACACUCCCGAGGAAGCUCCCACGGGCAGAGCCGGAUAAUCCGAAGGGCAUACCCUGAAGAGUUUUACACCCAGAUGAUGGAUGAGUGCUACCAGAUAUGGGCCCAGCUGGAGCACGAAGCUGGAACCCAAUUAUACAGGCAGACUGGACUACUACUGCUGGGAGUAAAGGAGAAUCAAGAAUUAAAGGCAACCCAGGCUACUUUGUCUAGGCGGGGGGUGAAACACCAGUGUCUUUCAUCUGAAGAACUGAAGCAACAUUUCCCCAACAUUCGUCUGGCCAAGGGAGAAAUGGGACUCUUGGAAGAGUCUGGAGGAGUUCUCUAUGCAGCCAAGGCCCUCAGGAUCCUUCAGGAUGCAAUUCGACAGCUAGGAGGCAAAGUGUGUGAUGGACAGAAGGUGAUGGAGAUAAAACCAGGGCUACCGAUCAUAGUGAGAACCACCUGUAAGAGUUACCAAGCCAACAGCUUGGUCAUCACGGCAGGUCCUUGGACCAACAGGCUUCUCCGUCCCCUGGGACUUGAGCUGCCUCUCCAGACCCUGCGGAUCAAUGUGUGUUACUGGCGAGAGAAGGUUCCCGGAAGCUAUGGUGUGUCCCAGGCCUUUCCAUGCUUCCUGGGCCUGGACCUCAGCCUGGCUCCCCACCACAUCUAUGGGCUGCCCUCUGGAGAGUACCCAGGGCUGAUGAAGGUCUGCUAUCACCACGGCAACAACGCGGAUCCCGAGGAGCGGGACUGCCCCGCAGCAUUCUCAGACAUCCAGGACGUGCAGAUCCUGAGCCGCUUUGUCAGAGACCACUUACCUGACCUAGAGCCCGAGCCUGCCGUGGUGGAGCGUUGCAUGUACACGGACACCCCUGACAAACACUUCAUUCUUGAUCGACACCCGAAGUACGACAACAUCAUCAUUGGUGCUGGGUUCUCGGGCAUGAUCAAGCUGUCCCCUGUGUGGCAGAUCCUGUAUGAAUAA